AUGAUGUCCGGCGAAGCAUGGCUGUUUCUACUGUCGGUGUUGAUCAACGCCGUCAACCUGUUCCUGCAGGUCUUCUUCACCAUCAUGUACAGUGAUUUGGAGUGCGAUUACAUCAACCCCAUUGACCUCUGCAACCGUCUCAACACCUACAUCAUUCCCGAAGCCGCCGUCCACGGUUUCCUCACCUUCCUGUUCCUGAUUAACGGCUACUGGCUGCCCUUGAUCCUCAACCUGCCUCUGCUUGCCUGGAACAUCAAGAAGAUUGUCGACAACACUCACCUCCUUGACGCCACCGAGAUCUUCCGCAAGCUCAACGUUCACAAGAAGGAAUCCUUCAUCAAGCUCGCCUUCCACCUGCUCAUGUUCUUCUUCUACCUCUACAGCAUGAUUGUUGCUCUCAUCCGUGACGAGGCCGCAUAA